GGCUGUGGCGGCUCCGGGUGGUUCCGCUAUGGCCGCUCUGGGCCUGGCGCUGGCCCUGCUGCCCCUCCUGCCCCUCGCUGAACCCCGCUGAGCCUCCGCCAUGAGCUCUGGGCAGCCCGACGCUCCCGCGCUGGAGCCGGGCGGCGGGGCCCGCUCGGGCAGGAUGUCGCUGCCCCUCGGCGUUCCACGCCGCGCCUUCAGCUACGAUGAUGCCCUGGAGGACACGGCGCCCAUGACGCCGCCGCCCGCCGAUCUGUGUGCCAGCGUGCUCUGGAAGCAGCCGGUCAUCCCCGAGCGCAAGUACCAGGAGCUCUCGAAGGAUGAGGAUGGGGAUACCAACAUGAAACCUGUCAUAACUCCUUCAUCGUCCACAGAAAGUGUGAACAAGGUGCCUGUGGUGAAGGCCAAGGCCACUCACAUCAUCAUGAACUCCCUCAUCACAAAGCAGACUCAGGAGAGCAUCCAGCGCUUUGAGCAGCAGGCAGGGCUGAGGGAAGCUGGCUACACACCCCACAAAGGCCUCACCACUGAGGAGACCAAGUACCACCGAGUGGCUGAGGCAGUCCACAACCUAAAAAUGCAGAAUGGAGAGACAACAAAAGAUGACAAACAGAAUUCUUCUGCUCAGUCCACUCCAAGCAGUACCCCCCAUUCUUCCCCCAAGCAUAAAAACAGGGGUUGGUUUAGUCAGGGAUCCUCUACUUCUAUCGCUGGCUCAGACUUUGCUAUGGAAAGUGGUGGAGACAGAUUGCCAUCUGAAAGAUGGAGCUUUUUUGGACCCAGAGCUCUCCAGAAGUCGGCCAGUGAUGCAGGAGGAUUUACCAUUCAGUCCUAUAAGGGUGCCCAGAAGCCAUCCCCAAUGGAGCUGAUGCGUGCUCAGGCUACAAGGAUGACAGAGGAUCAAGUCACCUUCAAGCCACCCAAAAUGGACAUUCCAGGCACAGAUGGGAGGAAACAAUCUCCACGUUCCCACAAUAUCAAACCUCGGGAUCUGAACGUGCUCACUCCCACUGGGUUCUAGAGGAAAGCUUCCAGUGUCUUUAGCAGGCUACAGGGUGUCUUAAGCUCUGCUUCCCUGUCCCAUGUGCUGAAGUAAAGUAGGAAAGUCUCCUUUUCUAGCUCUUCAUCUCAGAAGAAACAAUUGUUUUAUUGUCCUGCUAAAGCCAGUCUUGGAAAAACUCCUCCACCAGUCCUAAACCCAUGUCAACCAUGCUGUCUGCUGCACUGCACUGGUUUGGGCUGCCAGACUGCUCUGGAUGUGCUUCCCAGUACAUCACACCACAGUGAAACCCUGAGCCAUGUUUUUUUUGGACAGGAUUCCAUGUGGUGUGUGAGCACCUGGAUUGUAUGCCUGGAAUCUGAUUGUCUUGUCCUGCUCAGUGCUGAAGGACCCACAGGAGGACUGGUUCUGUCAAGAGAUCAAGCAGAAAAUGAUGUGAAGAAGCAAGGACUGAAAACUGGACCAAUAACUGCCAGAAGGAAGAUGGGGUAUAUGGUGGGUCAGUAUAAAUAUGGCAGUCCCUCGCUA